AUGGUGCGGAUGUGGAAGGGUCAAAGUGCAUUAAGUUUAAAAAGUAUAAUGCAACCUGAGAUUAAGAAAUGCAUUGGCUAUCAAGUGAUUUGUAGGUUCCCCACGCUGGUGAAUAAGUGUAUGAUUUAUGAUAAGGGUUGCAUGGCUCAUUUUGUUCACUACAAGAGUGUUAGUAAAAGGAAGGGAAAUAACCAAUAUCGUGGAAAGCCGUAUAGUGCUCUAGAUGAAAAAGGGAAGCAGAGAGAUUCAGAUGAGAAAAAUCCAAGUGUGGGAGAGACUCUUGCUUCUGUCAAGUGCUUCAAGUGUGGUAAGUUGGGCCACUGUACUAAUGAGUGCAAGAAUAAUGUUCUGAGGAGAAACACAUUUGUUUGUUUGCUUGAUUGUGCUGAGAGGUUGAGUUUGAAAUUGCCUUCUAUUGUUGGAAAUAUGAUUAUUGAAACCCCGACUCUAGGUCAGGUAACCACUUCGUGGGUUUGUUUGAAUAUUCCACUUACUGUUUUCGGUAAAAAAAUUGGUAUGGAUUUAGUGUGUCUACCUUUGAUAAAUAUCGAUCUUAUUCUUGGGAUGAACUGGUUGGUGUUCAACCGUGUUCAUAUCAACUAUUACGAUAAAAUGGUGUCAUUUCCUGAUUUUGAUGCAAGCAAUGAAUUGUUUGUGUCAGCUAAGCAAGUGGAUGAGCUCGUAAAGGACGAGGCGGAGAUGUUUAUGAUACUAGCUUCUAUGAAGGAGGAAAGCAAAGUUAUGAUAGGCGAGCUACCUGUGGUGUGUGAUUUUCGAGAAGUAUUUUCAUAUGAUAUCAGUGAUUUACCGCUAGAGCGCGAGAUUAAGUUUUCUAUAGACUUAGUACCUGGUACUAGUCCUAUGUCGAUGGCUCUGUAUUGA